UAUAUAAUUGGAUCAUUUCAGGCACUGAUGUUAAAUACAUCAUCAAAGUUGACUUAUGAAGAUUCUAAACAUUUCAACAUUCUUAUCGACGACAUAUUUCCAAAUAUUGAAAAGGAUUCUUUACAAUUACAGAUCGAUCUCUUGUUAGAACCAGUGAAAUUGGCUGCAUCUGCGAUGACUUUAACUCUUACUGACAUACAGAUGAAGAAAAUAUUUGAGCUAUACAAUCAAUUACAUCAGAGGAUGGGUGUUAUAUUGUUGGGUCCUAGUGGCUCUGGUAAAUCUACUAUGUGGAAAAUAUUGCAGAAAGCAAUGGCAUUAAUAAAUAAACCUGUGAGAACAUAUUGGAUCAAUCCGAAGUCACUACCAAAACAUAAACUGUUGGGACAGAUGGAUAUUGAUACUCGGGAGUGGUCUGAUGGUAUAUUGACGGCAGCUGCCCGAGAAAUCGCCAAAAAUAGUAGUACAUUAUCGUGGAUAAUUUGUGAUGGUGACAUUGAUUCCGAAUGGAUCGAAGCUCUUAAUUCCCUAACACUGCCAACCGGUGAAAGAAUUCGGUUUGGAUCCAAUUUAAAUUUCAUUUUUGAAACGGAUAAUCUUGCAUGUGCCUCUCCGGCUACAGUAUCUAGGAUGGGUAUAGUGCUUGUUAGCGAAGAAGAUAUGAGCAUUCAAGAUUGUGUUAAUCAUUGGCUAUCGAAAUAUCUCAACAGUAAUCCUGAUAUGUCUACUUGGAUCAAUGAUCACUUGUACAGGUUGAGAUGUCUUGAUUGGAUUUGGGCUAGACAGGCUUUCGAAAUUAAAAUAAGUAACGUCGGAACUGUGAGGAAUGCCUUAAGUCAUUUGGGGAAGGUAACAUCGCGUGAUGAAUUCUUGGUAGCUAUAUUUCGUGGAUUGGCCCAAAAUUUGAAAUCAGAAUGCCGAAAUCAGUUUGCUUUGGAGGUUGUGUUUCAUGAGAUAAGCAUACCAGAUGAACAGAAUUUUGACAUUAUUUACUAUGAUAGACGGAGAAAAUCAUUGUUGGCUUACACAGAUGAAAUAGACAUGCAAAUUAAUAACAGUCAAUUAUUAGCGAUGGAACGAAGACCGUACAUUUUAACUGCCAGUGCUAAAGCUUAUCGUGAUACCGUUAGUAACUAUAAAUUUAUUUGCUCCUGGUUGGAAGAAUCCAAUAGGCAACCUUUUAUGGUCCUCGGUCCAGAUGGCAGUGGAAAGGAAAGUUUGAUACGAUACUGCUUGGAGUUGGAUUCAAUGAGCCAGAUAGCAGUAAUCCACUGCAGUGCUCAAACAGGAUGCCAGCAAAUAUUGGAUUUAUUUUACCAAUAUUGUGUGGAAACUAGCAGUGCAUCUGGAAGGAUUUUGAAACCAAAAGACAAGCCUAAUUUGGUGAUUUACAUUAAAGCACUAAAUGUUGUGAAGCCUGACAAGUGGGGCAGUUACGAAAUAAUCGCUUUUUUGCAACAGCUUCUGACAUAUGGAGGUUAUUAUAAGCAAAAUUUGGAAUGGAUCUCUUUGGAAAAUAUCCAGGUUCGUUCUGAACUCUAUUUUUUUACUUUGAGCUUCGCAAGUGAUGAAGGUCACUGCACGCUACCGUUACGUUUUGUUUCACUACUGCGACUUUGUGUGGUUAAAUAUCCAUCGAAUGACGAAAUAAUAACCAUCUACGCUUCAUACUUGGCAAUGCUAAUUAAGGACUGGACACUAUUGUCGAACUAUCAUCCGAAAGAUAUUGCAAAAAUUAUGGUUCACCUUUUCAAUCAAAUACGCAAUACAUUUAGACCUACUGAUGAAGCACAUUACUUAUUUACUUUGAAAGAUCUAACCAAUUGGGUGUCUGCUCUUAUGAGAUAUGAAAUUAAUGGCAGCAAUGCUGAUGACAAAUUUUUGCGGUCGAUGGUGCACGAGUGUCGAAGAAUUUUCAAAGAUCGUUUAGUUAGUGAUGAACACAAGCAAAUAUUUGAAGAUAUUCUUCACGGAGCUCUGCCUCCAGAAUUUGUUUAUGAUGAUGAAAGCAAUUUGUAUGUUACUGCUCCAGAAGUGCUCCCAGUAUCAAUGCAUAAAGGAGCUUUGUUAUCACUAGUGUACUGUGAAGAGUAUAUCAAUCUUUUGCAAACAGCAGUCAAACAAUAUGGCAAGUUGUAUUUUGAGGUAGGAAAUUUAAAAAUGCCAAUUCAUCACGAAUUCGCAAAAUUAUGCUCGCGAAUUGAUCGAGGCAUCACUUUACCUGGUACUAGUACUUUAUAUUUUUCCAUCUUAACUUUAAAUCCUUUCACAGGUGGGUCAUUAUUGUUAGCUGGAAGAGCUGGAAUGGGAAGACGAGAAGCUGUGUUACUUGUUGCAAAUAUACACGGCAUGCCGAUUUUUACUCCAAAAAUGACCAUAUCAUAUGGAAUGAAACAAUUCAGAAAUGAUUUGAAAACAGUUAUCUUGGAUGCAGUUGUUAAUAACAAACAUGUAGUUUUUAUUGUUGAAAAUCAUCAUUUAUUGUGUGACACAUUUCUGCAGUUAAUCAGUUCAUUAUUAUCAUCUGGUGACGUUCUUAGGAUUUUCACUUCUCAAGAAUUAGACAGCAUUUUAUUAAACUUGCGCGAUCACGCUGCUCAAGAUGCUUUUCAAGGAAAUUUACUCUCAUACUUGGCUCUCAAAGUGAAAGUUAAUCUGCAUAUUGUCCUUAUUAUGAAUAUUGAUGACACUAAAUUUUCUGUAAAUUGUUCAUCCAAUCAGUCGCUGUUCAAGGAGUGUUCAGUCAUUUGGAAUGAAACGUGGAAUGCAGAUACUUUAUUACAGUUAGCAAAUUUAAUUUUAUCUCGUAAUGCUGUGAAAGUAUCGGAUGAUACACUAGUCGCACUUCGACAAAUUUAUCAUUUUUGUCCGUAUCAUUUAGCUUCACCUGCGAAAUAUAUCCUUUUUAUUAAAAACUACAUUCAUAUUCUUAAUAAAAAACGAAACGCGGUGGAAAUCCGGACUAACAGAUUAAAGACUGGAAUUGACAAAUUGACGGAAGCACGUGAGGCGGUUUCUGAAAUGCAUAAAAAAGCUGCCAAAAAAAGUAAAUUAUUAACAGAAAAACAAGCGGAUGCAGAUGCAGCGUUGAAAGCGAUAUCACAAAGCAUGAAGAAUGCAAGCUAUCAACGAGCUGAUAUGGAACAGCUUAAACUAGCUGUUGUUAAGGAAAACGAGAAAAUUGAAAAUGAAAAAACUUUGAUCGAAGUGCAGUUGCGCGAAGUAGAACCAUUAUUACGAGAAGCACGUGAAGCGGUUGGUUCUAUUAGACCAGAGAGUUUGUCAGAAAUUCGAAGUUUGCGUGCUCCACCAGAAACAAUUCGGGAUAUCCUGCAAGCCGUAUUGUUAUUAUUGAGCAUUUUUGAUACAUCCUGGGAAGCAAUGAGAAAAUUCUUGGCUAAAAACAGCAUGAAAGAAGAAAUAAUCAAUUUCGAUGCGCAAAAGAUUUCACUGGAUAUACACAAAAAAGUUUCCAUGCUUGUAAAAAACAAGGAGGCAUCAUUUGAUCCUAAAAAUGCAAAACGAGCAUCUGCUGCAGCAGCACCAUUGGCAGCUUGGGUAAAAGCGAAUUUGGAUUACUCGACAAUUUUGAGACGCGUAGAACCACUGCAAAAAGAAAAAAAUUGUUUAAUUAAGAAUUUAAGUGAAGCCGAAAACCAAAUGAAGAAAUUAUCAAAGGAUUUGGAAACAGUAGAUGAACAAGUUGCUAAGUUGAAACAUACGUUUGAAGCUCGCACAGAAGAAGCGACACAAAUAAAAAUCGACUUGGAUAAGGAACAGAAUACCAUAAGAGUUGCUGGAACACUGGUAGAUCGACUAAGUGGUGAAUAUAAUAGAUGGCAACAGCAACUCGAUGGUUUACAGAAAGAACUUAAUUGUUUAGAGAAGGGUUCUCUUCUUUCUGCUGCGUUUACAACAUUCCUUGGAUCAGAACUGGAGCAAAGUCGAGAUGAAAUUUCGAAAAAAUGGAAAAAUUUGUUGGGUUUGAAUGACUUCAAUGUCUUGGACUUUAACGUUUUAGAAAGUGAAAAGUUGAAUUGGAGCAAUGAAGGGCUUUCUACUGAUGCUUUUUCACAAGAGAAUGCUAUGAUUUUAUUCAAUACUGUUGGAGUACCGUUUAUCAUCGAUUUUAGAGGGCAUGUAUCAUCUUUUUUGGAAAAUCAUAUAAAAAGCAAUUUUGAAAAAGUCAGUGCCGACAGUUCGGACUUCAUUACUCAGGUAUUGGCGAUUGUAAAAUAUUCCAGAGUAUUUAAUUUGUAUGAAAGCAAACCAGCAAAAUCGCUUUGGUUAUUUAAAUUAACUUCCUGA